GCCUGAAUAAGAACUCCCUGGAGUAAGCUUGUUGUCAUAUGGACAAGUCGAUCAAUUGUUGAGAGGAACCCAAGUAAGCGAACUUCCAGUGUCAAUCUCAAAGGUGAAACUUUGUUUAGAAUUUCCUACCAAGAAGCUGCCAUAAUAUUUUCGUAUCUUCAAGUGCUCUCCCGUGCCCUUCUUCAACAAUUGUCAUUUCAGAUCCGAGACCCUCGUAGGGAUCUUUCAGUUCGAUUCUUUGAAGUGGGACGCGGAUAGUUUGGGUUGUGACACUUGGGAGUAAGCCUAGUUGGCAAAAUCCAAGUAAACAUGUGAUUGUAGCGGUCAGGGCUACUCCCAUUACUUUCGAGAAUUUUCUUAUCCUAGCGAAAGAAUUUGUUUGUGAAGUUAUCAU